AUGGCGCCGCCGCCGCCCGUGCUGCCCGCGCUGCUGCUCCUGGCCGCAGCCGCCACCCUGCCGGCGCUGGGGCUGCGGGCGGCCGCCUGGGAGCUGCGCGUGCCCGGCGGGGCCCGCGCCUUCGCCCUCGGGCCCGGCUGGACCUACGCGGGGGACGCCACGCGCACGCCCCGGGCGCUGCGGGAGCUGCUGGACGUGAGCCGCGACGGGCGGCUGGCCGGACGGCGGCGCGGGCCGGGCGCGGGGGCCCGGGGCUGCGCGCGUCUGGGGGGGCGCCCGCUGCCGCUGCACGUCCGCCUGGCGGCCCGCGGCGCCCCCGCGAUGCUGAGCCUCCGCCUGCGGGCGCGAGCGCAGGGACCGGGAUGCGGCGGCCGGCCCCGGCGCCGACGGGCCCCGGACGUGGAGCUGCGCGCUCGGGCCGUGCUCACCGAGCCAGGGCGCGGCGGGGCGCUCUGCUUCCCGGCCCCCGGCGGCAGCGCGGCCACGCUGCACGCGGCGCUCACGGCCCUGACCAGCUUCCCCUCGUGCAGCUGCCCGCCGCGCCCCGGACCCCGCUGCCCGCGCCGCCCCGUCUGCCUGCCGCCCGGCGGCUCGGUCCGCCUGCGCCUGCUGUGUGCCCUGCGGCGCGCGGCCGGCGCCGCCCGGGUGGAGCUCGCGCUGGAGGCGGCCGCGGGGACGCCCACCGCGUCACUGUCGCCACCGUCGCCGAGCCUGCCCCGGGCCCGGGCGGGGACGGCGAGGCGGGCCCGGCGGGGCGCGGGCGGCAGCACGAGCCCGCAGUUCCAGCUGCCCAGCUACCAGGUGUCGGUGCCCGAGAACGAGCCCGCGGGCACGGCGGUCAUCGAGCUGCGCGCGCACGACCCCGACGAGGGCGAGGCCGGGCGCCUGAGCUACCAGAUGGAGGCGCUGUUCGACGAGCGCUCCAACGGCUACUUCCUCAUCGACCCCGACACGGGCGCGGUGAGCACGGCCCGCGCGCUGGACCGCGAGACCAAGGACACGCACGUGCUCAAGGUGAGCGCCGCGGACCACGGCUCGCCGCGCCGCUCGGCCGCCACCUACCUCACCGUCACGGUCAGCGACACCAACGACCACAGCCCGGUCUUCGAGCAGUCCGAGUACCGCGAGCGCGUGCGCGAGAACCUGGAGGUGGGCUCCGAGGUGCUGACCAUCCGCGCCACCGACGGCGACGCGCCCUCCAACGCCAACAUGCGCUACCGCCUGCUGGAGGGCGCGGGGGGCGUCUUCGAGAUCGACGCGCGCUCGGGGGUGGUGCGCACGCGGGCCGCGGUGGACCGGGAGGAGGCGGCCGCGUUCCGGUUGCUGGUGGAGGCCAACGACCAGGGCCGCAACCCGGGCCCGCUGAGCGCCACGGCCACCGUGCACAUCGCGGUGGAGGACGAGAACGACAACUACCCGCAGUUCGGCGAGAAGCGCUAUGUGGUCCAGGUGCCCGAGGACGUGGCGGUCAACACGGCUGUGCUGCGCGUGCAGGCCACCGACCGGGACCAGGGCCAGAACGCGGCCGUGCAUUACAGCAUCGUCAGCGGGAACCUGAAGGGGCAGUUCUACCUGCACUCGCUGAGCGGGAGCCUGGACGUGAUCAACCCCCUGGACUUCGAGACCAUCCGCGAGUACACGCUGCGCGUCAAGGCCCAGGACGGGGGCCGGCCUCCGCUCAUCAACUCCUCGGGGCUGGUCUCCGUGCAGGUGCUGGACGUGAACGACAACGCACCCAUCUUCGUGAGCAGCCCCUUCCAGGCCGCGGUGCUGGAGAACGUGCCCCUGGGCCACUCUGUGCUGCACAUCCAGGCAGUGGAUGCAGACGCGGGGGAGAACGCCCGUCUGCGCUAUCGCCUGGUGGACACAGCCUUGGCCGCCUUGGGUGGCGGUGGCACUGGGCCCGAGGACCCUGCUUCCACCCCAGACUUUCCCUUCCAGAUUCACAAUAGCUCGGGUUGGAUCACCGUGUGCGCCGAGCUGGACCGAGAGGCGGUGGAGCACUACAGCUUUGGGGUGGAGGCGGUGGACCAUGGCUCUCCACCCAUGAGCUCCUCAGCCAGCGUGUCCAUCACGGUGCUGGACGUAAAUGACAACGACCCAGUGUUCACGCAGCCCGCGUAUGAGCUUCGCCUGAACGAGGACGCUGCCGUGGGCAGCAGUGUGCUAACCCUGCAGGCCCGGGACCGCGACGCCAACAGCGUAAUCACCUACCAGCUCACAGGUGGCAACACCCGGAACCGCUUUGCACUCAGCAGCCAGAGUGGCGGUGGCCUCAUCACCCUGGCGCUGCCACUGGACUACAAGCAGGAGCGACAGUACGUGCUGGCCGUGACCGCGUCCGAUGGCACACGUUCGCACACAGCACAGGUCUUCAUCAAUGUCACCGACGCCAACACCCACCGGCCAGUCUUCCAGAGCUCCCACUACACAGUGAGCGUCAGCGAGGACCGGCCUGUGGGCACCUCCAUUGCCACCAUCAGUGCCACCGAUGAGGAUACUGGGGAGAAUGCCCGCAUCACCUACGUGCUAGAGGACCCCAUGCCACAGUUCCGCAUUGACCCCGACACUGGUACCAUCUACACCAUGACAGAGCUGGACUAUGAGGACCAGGCCGCCUACACACUGGCCAUCACAGCUCAGGACAAUGGCAUCCCUCAGAAGUCGGACACCACCUCCCUGGAGAUCCUUAUCCUUGAUGCCAAUGACAACGCACCCCGGUUCCUGCGGGACUUCUACCAGGGUUCUGUCUUCGAAGAUGCUCCAUCGUCAACCAGCGUCCUCCAGGUCUCUGCCACGGACCGGGACUCGGGCCCCAACGGCCGUCUGCUGUACACCUUCCAGGGCGGGGAUGAUGGCGAUGGGGACUUCUACAUCGAGCCCACGUCUGGGGUGAUCCGCACCCAGCGCCGGCUGGACCGGGAGAAUGUGGCUGUGUACAACCUUCGGGCUCUGGCUGUGGAUCGGGGCAACCCAGCUCCCCUUAGUGCCUCGGUGGAAAUCCAGGUGACUGUCUUGGACAUCAAUGACAACCCCCCAGUAUUUGAGAGGGAUGAAUUGGAGCUGUUCGUAGAAGAGAACAGCCCAGUGGGGUCAGUGGUGGCAAGGAUUCGUGCCAAUGACCCUGACGAAGGCCCCAACGCCCAGAUUAUGUAUCAGAUUGUGGAAGGAAACGUGCCGGAGGUCUUCCAGCUGGACCUGCUGAGCGGGGACCUGCGUGCCCUGGUCGAGCUGGACUUUGAGGUCCGGCGGGAGUAUGUGCUCGUGGUGCAGGCCACAUCGGCCCCGCUGGUGAGCCGGGCCACGGUGUACAUCCGCCUCCUGGACCAGAAUGACAACCCGCCAGUGCUGCCUGACUUCCAGAUCCUCUUCAACAACUAUGUCACCAAUAAGUCCAACAGCUUCCCCACAGGUGUGAUCGGCCGCAUCCCGGCCCAUGACCCCGACCUGUCGGACAGCCUCAACUACACCUUCCUGCAGGGCAAUGAGCUGCGCCUGCUGCUGCUGGACCCCGCCACAGGCGAGCUGCAGCUCAGCCGGGACCUGGACAACAACCGGCCGCUGGAGGCACUCAUGGAGGUGUCCGUGUCUGAUGGCGUCCACAGCGUCACGGCCCUCUGCACCCUGCGCGUCACCAUCAUCACGGACAACAUGCUGACCAACAGCAUCACCGUCCGCCUGGAGAACAUGUCCCAGGAGAAGUUCCUCUCCCCGCUGCUGUCCCUCUUCGUGGAGGGGGUGGCCACGGUGCUGUCUACCACCAAGGACGAUAUUUUCGUCUUCAACAUCCAGAACGACACGGACGUCAGCUCCAACAUCCUGAACGUGACCUUCUCGGCGCUGCUGCCCGGCGGCGUCCGUGAUCAGUUCUUCCCGUCCGAGGACCUGCAGGAGCAGCUGUACCUGAACCGCACGCUGCUCACGGCCAUCUCCACCCAGCGCGUGCUGCCCUUCGACGACAACAUCUGCCUGCGCGAGCCCUGCGAGAACUACAUGAAGUGCGUCUCGGUGCUCAGGUUCGACAGCUCGGCUCCCUUCAUCAGCUCCACGACCGUGCUCUUCCGGCCCAUCCACCCCAUCAACGGCCUGCGCUGCCGCUGCCCGCCCGGCUUCACCGGCGACUACUGCGAGACCGAGAUCGACCUGUGCUACUCCAGCCCGUGUGGCGCCCACGGCCGCUGCCGCAGCCGCGAGGGAGGCUACACCUGUGAGUGCUUCCAGGACUUCACCGGGGAGCACUGCGAGGUGAGCGCCCGCUCGGGCCGCUGCGCCAACGGCGUGUGCAAAAAUGGGGGCACCUGCGUGAACCUGCUCAUUGGAGGCUUUCACUGCGUGUGUCCCCCCGGCGAGUACGAGAGGCCCUACUGCGAGGUCACCACCCGGAGCUUCCCGCCCCAGUCCUUCGUCACCUUCCGCGGCCUGCGACAGCGCUUCCACUUCACCCUGUCCCUCACGUUUGCCACCCAAGAAAGGAAUGCACUGCUUCUCUACAACGGCCGCUUCAAUGAGAAGCACGACUUCAUCGCCCUUGAGAUCGUGGACGAGCAGGUGCAGCUCACCUUCUCUGCAGGUGAGACCACAACGACCGUGGCACCACAGGUUCCCGGAGGCGUGAGUGACGGGCAGUGGCACUCGGUGCAGGUGCAGUACUACAACAAGCCCAACAUCGGCCGCCUGGGCCUGCCCCAUGGGCCGUCCGGAGAAAAGGUGGCCGUGGUGACCGUGGACGACUGCGACACAGCUGUGGCCGUGCGCUUCGGAAGCUUCGUCGGGAACUACAGCUGCGCCGCCCAGGGCACUCAGAGCGGCUCCAAGAAGUCCCUGGAUCUGACAGGCCCUCUGCUCCUGGGGGGUGUCCCCAACCUGCCGGAAGACUUCCCAGUGCACAACCGACAGUUUGUAGGCUGCAUGCGGAACCUGUCCGUUGAUGGCAGGAACGUGGACAUGGCUAGCUUCAUCGCCAACAACGGCACCAGGGCAGGCUGUGCCGCUCGGAGGAGCUUCUGUGAUGGGACCUGGUGUCAGAAUGGGGGCACCUGUGUCGACAGGUGGAACACCUACCUGUGCGAGUGUCCACUCCGCUUUGGCGGGAAGAACUGUGAGCAAGUCAUGCCCCACCCCCAACACUUCAGUGGAGAGAGCGUCGUGUCAUGGAGCGACCUGGACAUCACCAUCUCUGUGCCCUGGUACCUGGGGCUCAUGUUCCGGACCCGCAAGGAGGAUGGCGUGCUGAUGGAGGCCACUGCGGGCACGUCCUCCAGGCUCCAUCUGCAGAUCCUGAACAGCCACGUCCAGUUCGAGGUGUCCCAUGGCCCCUCCGAUGUGGCGUCCAUGAGGCUGUCCAGGUCACGUGUGACUGAUGGGGAGUGGCACCACCUGCUGAUAGAACUGAAGAGUGCCAAGGAGGGCAAGGACAUCAGGUACCUGGCGGUCAUGACCUUGGACUAUGGGAUGGACCAGAACACGGUGCAGAUCGGGAACCAGCUUCCCGGGCUGAAGAUGAGGAGCUUCGUCAUUGGGGGCGUGUCUGAGGACAAGGUGUCCGUGCGCCGCGGGUUCCGGGGCUGCAUGCAGGGAGUGAGAAUGGGGGAGACGUCCACCAACAUUGCCACCCUGAGCAUGAACGAUGCCCUCAAGGUCAGAGUGAAGGACGGCUGUGAUGUGGGGGACCCGUGUGCCUCAAGCCCCUGCCCCCAGCACAGCCACUGCCACGACACCUGGGAUGGCUACUCCUGCAUCUGUGACGAAGGGUACUUUGGAAGGAAGUGUGUGGACGUGUGUCACCUGAACCCCUGCGAGCACGUGGCGGCCUGCGUGCACUCCCCAGGCUCCCCGUGGGGCUACGCGUGCGAGUGCGGGCCCAGCCACUACGGGCAGUACUGCGAGAACAGAAUCGACCUUCCGUGCCCCAAAGGCUGGUGGGGGAACCCUGUCUGUGGGCCGUGCCUCUGUGCUGUCAGCAAAGGCUUCGAUCCCGACUGCAACAAGACGAAUGGCCAGUGCCAGUGCAAGGAGAAUUACUACAAACCCCCAGCCCAGGAUGCCUGCCUCCCCUGUGACUGCUUCCCCCAUGGCUCCCACAGCCGUGCUUGCGACAUGGACACUGGGCAGUGCGCCUGCAAGCCUGGCGUCAUCGGCCGCCAGUGCAACCGCUGUGACAACCCAUUUGCCGAGGUCACCACACUCGGCUGCGAAGUAAUCUACAAUGGAUGUCCCCAAGUGUUUGAGGCUGGCAUCUGGUGGCCACAGACUAAGUUCGGGCAGCCGGCUGCAGUACCGUGCCCCAAGGGAUCUGUGGGAAAUGCUGUUCGACAUUGCAGCAGGGAGAAGGGCUGGCUGCCCCCGGAACUCUUCAACUGCACCUCCGUCUCCUUCACGGACCUCAAAGUCCUGAACGAGAAGCUGAGCCGCAACGAGACGCAGCUGGACGGUGACCGGUCCCUGCGGCUGGCGAAGGCGCUGCGGAAUGCCACGCGGCACACGGGAGCGCUCUUCGGCAACGACGUGCGCACGGCCUACCAGCUGCUGGCCCGCGUCCUGCAGCACGAGAGCCACCAGCAGGGCUUCGACCUGGCGGCCACGCGUGACGCCGACUUCCACGAGGAUGUCAUCCUCGCGGGCAGCGCCCUCCUGGCCCCGGCCACCAGGGCCGCGUGGGAGCAGAUCCAGCGCAGCGAGGGAGGCACGGCCCAGCUGCUCAGGCGCUUUGAGGCCUACUUCAGCAACGUGGCGCGGAAUGUGAGGCGCACCUACCUGAGGCCCUUUGUCAUUGUCACCGCCAACAUGAUCCUUGCAGUUGACAUCUUCGACAAGUUUAACUUUACGGGAGCCAGGGUGCCAAGGUUCGAGGACAUUCGUGACGAGAUCCCGAGGGAGCUGGAGUCCUCGAUCUCCUUCCAAGCUGACUUCUUCAAGCCCCCAGAGAAAAAAGAAGGCCCCAUGGUGUGGCCAGCCAGCCGGAGGGCCACCCUGCAGACCACGCACCCAGGGCCCAGCGCCCAGAGUGAGGCCCCGUUCAACAGGCGGAGGAGACACCCGGACGACCCCGGCCAGUUUGCUGUCGCCCUGGUCAUCAUUUACCGGACGCUGGGGCAGCUGCUGCCUGAGCACUACGACCCCGAUCGCCGGAGCCUCCGGCUGCCCAACCGGCCCGUCAUUAACACCCCAGUGGUGAGUGCCAUGGUAUACAGCGAGGGGGCUCCGCUCCCGAGCCCUCUGGAGAGGCCCGUCCUGGUGGAGUUUGCCCUGCUGGAGACAGAGGAGCGAACCAAGCCUGUGUGCGUGUUCUGGAACCACUCCCUCACCACCGGUGGCCCUGGAGGGUGGUCAGCCAAGGGCUGUGAGCUCCUGUCCAGGAACCGGACCCAUGCCACCUGCCGGUGCACCCACACGACCAGCUUUGCGGUGCUCAUGGACGUCUCCCGGCGCGAGCACGGGGAGGUCCUGCCCCUGAAGAUUGUCACCUACGCCGCCGUGUCCUUGUCCCUGGCAGCCCUGCUGGUGGCCUUCGUCCUCCUUGCCCUCAUCCGGACGCUGCGUUCCAACCUGCACAGCAUCCACAAGAACCUCAUCGGGGCCCUCUUCUUCUCCCAGCUGAUCUUCGUGGUCGGGAUCAACCAGACGGAAAACCCGUUCCUGUGCACGGUGGUUGCCAUCCUCCUGCACUAUGUCUACGUGAGCACCUUCGCCUGGACGCUCGUGGAGAGCCUGCACGUCUACCGCAUGCUGACCGAAGUGCGCAAUAUCGACGCGGGGCCCAUGAGGUUCUACUACGUCGUGGGCUGGGGCAUCCCGGCCAUCGUCACAGGACUGGCGGUUGGCCUGGACCCCCAGGGCUAUGGAAACCCUGACUUCUGCUGGCUUUCCCUUCGCGACACCCUGAUCUGGAGCUUUGCCGGGCCCAUUGGAACCGUUAUAAUUAUCAAUACAGUCAUUUUUAUCCUGUCUGCAAAGGUUUCCUGCCAAAGAAAGCACCACUAUUAUGAGAGAAAGGGGGUCGUCUCCCUGCUGAGGACGUCCUUCCUCCUGCUGCUGCUCGUGGGCGCCACCUGGCUGCUGGGGCUGCUGGCCGUGAACAGCGACGUGCUCAGCUUCCACUACCUCUUUGCCACCUUCAGCUGCUUACAGGGCCUCUUUGUCCUCCUGUUCCACUGUGUGCUCAACAGGGAGGUCCGGAAGCACCUGCGGGGGCUGCUCGCUGGGAAGAAGCCACACCUGGACGACUCGGCCACCACCAGGGCUACCCUGCUGACGCGCUCCCUCAACUGCAACAACACGUUCAGCGAGGGGCCCGACAUGCUGCGCACGGCACUAGGCGAGUCCACCGCCUCACUGGACAGCACUGUCAGGGACGAAGGGGUGCAGAAGCUCAGCGUGUCCUCUGGGCUGGCACGGGGUGGACAUGGAGAGCCAGAUCCAUCCUUCGUCCCCAGGAGCUCCAAGAUACCCCACGGCCAUGAUUCAGACUCAGAUAGCGAGCUGUCCCCGGAUGAGCAGAGCAGCUCUUACGCCUCCUCACACUCGUCGGACAGUGAGGACGAUGGCGCAGAGGCCGAGGACAAAUGGGACGCAGCCCGGGGCCCUGUCCACAGCACCCCCAAAGUGGACACCGUGGCCAACCACAUCCCAGCUGGCUGGCCGGACGAGAGCCUGGUGGGGAGCGACAGUGAGGAGCAGGGCGAGCAGCCCCCCCUGAAGGUGGAGACCAAGGUCAGCGUGGAGCUGCACCGGGAGGGGCACGGCAAUCACCGGGGCGACUGCCCCCCAGACCUGGAGAGCCCCGCCAAGCCUGCAGCGGCACUCAGCAGCCAGCCCCCGGAGCAGAGGAAAGGCAUCUUGAAAAAUAAGGUCACCUACCCGCCACCGCUGACGGAGCAGAAGCUGAAGGGCCGGCUCCGGGAAAAGCUGGCCGACUGUGAGCAGAGCCCCGCAUCCUCGCGCACGUCCUCCCCAGGCUCCGGCGACGCCCUUGCCCCCGACUGUGCCAUCACUGUCAAGACCCCGCGGAGGGAGCCGGUGCGCGAGCACCUCAAUGGAGUGGCCAUGAAUGUGCGCACAGGGAGCGCCCAGGCCCAUGGCUCCGACUCGGAAGGCAGUAACGAAACCUCAAUUUGAACCAUCAGGAAACCGUGAGGCCAGCCCAUCACCUCCACACAGGCCACUGCAUCUGCGUCCUCAGCCCGUGGAGUGAAGCAGGCCCUGGUGUGGGGGUCCCCGCGGUGUCAUCCCCGUGACUGAUGGU